CGCAGAAUCCAUUCAACGUCGCUGUCCUUCCUCCAAUACGCAAGCAAGCACCAAGCGAGCAGCAGAGAGUGGCUGAUGAUGGCUGGUGGAGAGAGGGAUCGUGGUGGUGAUGGUGGAAGUGCGCUGGGAGAGCGGCAGCCGCUGUUGAUUGGGGGCGGGGCGGCAGUCCAGUAUGAUACAGACUACACGUUGGCGAACGCACGGCGCGUGUAUGAUGGCCUGAUACGCCGUGCAAAGCACCAGCUCGUUUACGUGUGCCUGGUAGACCUCAUUGCCACAGCCACCAUCUGGAUCAUCGUCAUGCACGGCUUUCGCGGCGACUGGCAGAGCUCAGACCUUGUCAAGAGCAUCACAGGAUACACGUUUCAACGCUCGCUUCUCGACGUUGCUUGUGUGGGUGCUGCACGCGUGUUGGUGCUGAUCCUGGCGUAUGGGCCGUGGCGGUCUUCUCCAUUCAUCUUCAUGCUCAUCACCACGCUGGGCAGCAUCGCCUUUAUCGUCGUCAAGAUCUGCUUCUUCGACUUUACCGCAAAGGUCAACAACCUGGCGUACCUGAUGUUCAUCGUGGAGCUGGCAUUCCCGAUGGUCGAGGGCUAUCUGUGGGUGACAAACCUGGGUCCGCUUCAGCGUGAUAGCGCAAUGCUGUACACGGACGGCUAUCGGGACAUUGCUGAUCCGGCGAACGUUCGCCGCUUGGCAACAACACAGCAGAUUACGCGGCCCCACGAGAGCUCGAUGCUGCACAUUCGUCGGCCCCUCAAUGCUGAUUCCCUGACAACACCGCCACGCGCCCCAGCCUACGCCCGCACACAGAUCAACUCCGAUGAGGAAGAAGCGCUGCAUGUGCCGGAUUCGCCGCUGUUCCGCACGCCGCCGAGCGAGGCAGCAGACGCCUUCUACCAGCAGGCGGAGGAGGAAGAGUCCCAGACUGCGCCGUCCACUCAGGCGUCAUUUGAGCAGUUCCCGCUCGCAGCGACCAGCACCAUCGCGCAGCACAUGAUACUGCGCGGGCAGAAUGCUGUGAGCGACGUGGAGCGUUUUGCAACACACGACAGAAACACAAACGGUGUCAGCAUGUGGCGAAAUCUCUUUGAUAAGAAUGGCGUGACCGUGUCUGUGCUUGCAGGCAGCAGCAGCAACAACAAGACGCCCAUCUACAAGUGCGAAGGGCUUGUUUGGUCCUCCCCCGAGAUGCUGUUUCGAUUUCUGCACGACGACUUUGACGAAGUCUGCGCUCGCUCCUCUCUCUGGCAGAGCAUGAAGGUGCAGCGCACGUUUGACAAACACACGGACCUCGUCCACGUCAUGCUCAAGAGCUACAUUGCGAGCCCGCCGCGUGAUUUGACGGUUGUUCGGUCCUGGCAAUACAGCGACAACAAAUUCACGCUCGCAUUCAACAGCGUCGAGGAUCCGCUUGUGCCAAAGCGCCGCAACUUUGUGCGCGCAUACGACCGUGGGAGUGGGUUUCACUUGCAACGGGUGCAUGCAGAGUCGAAUGUAACAAAGCUGACGUGUGUGUUGCACAUGGAUCUCAAGGUCACUGGCAUCUUUGCGCCGAGCAAACUCGAAGGGAAAAUCGUUGAGCGAAUGAGCCGGAUCCACGAUGAGAUACGCACGGCACUGGAGAGCCGUGCUGGUAGCGCCGAUCGUCACGCGCGACACACGUUCGCAUAGCGGGUGGGCGUGGGGUGGGCAUUGCUGCUUAUUGUUGUUGAUUGGUCUUCAUGCAUUUAUCAUUCCCUUUGCUUCUUCACCUGUUGUUUGUUUAGAUACGCCCAUAAAACAGCGGAAACAGCGGAA